CGCCCCCCCUGGCCGAGGAAGGUGAGCGAGUGUCUGGAGGGGAGGACUCGGGAGCGCGACCAGCCGAGGGAUCGAUCGGAUUAAACUCGAUUUGAGUGAAAUUAACACAAAGGAGAGAAGAGCAACGCACACUCGUUUGGCGAGGUCGCGGAUGCGAGACACGCCGGAGAUAUAUUUCAUGAAUAACAAACUUGAACUUUUUUUGCUCUGUUUAUUUAUAUUUCAAACGAAAAAGGACCACAGUGGAUUUUUUUUAAGCAAGCGGAGAUACAAGCCCUACUAACGAGGAGUUGAUUUGAGAAAAAGCCCGAAGUGACCGAGCUUGUUGGGAACCUUAAUUAGGACCAUGGAGUAGCAGGCUUCAAAUUAGAAGCUAUCUGAUUAGCUCCUCACUGCACAACACACCUCCCUCCAUCGAGUCCCCUCCAUCUUUGGGGCCCCCACCCAGGCAUGGCGGAUCCAGGGAUGUUGAGUCUAUUUGGGGACGAUGCAGGGCUGUUCUCAGAUGGAUUAGAUGGUUUAGGAGACUGCUUUCCUCAGACACCUGCCGCUGCCCAGUCCAACCCCUUAGCCCAGCAGACUAAUCCCUCUCUGAACCAUGAGCACCAAGGAAACAGGGGAUACCACCAGGGGAUGAUCCACAGUGCUGGGCCUGGCACAGGGCAGCCUAAAUUGGGGCAAAUAUACGACCAUGGCCCCUACACAGGCUAUGAUCAACCUGGUGCCCCCGGCGGACGAAUGCUUUCACAGAAUGGUCCCAGCCAGGGGCCACCGAACGUGAACACGGCCAUAAAUGGUUUGGCUUCCCACUACCAUAAUAACCCAGUUAACUCUAGCAACCCCCUCCUUGGAUACCCAGGUGAUGCUGGGGGGGGAGCAGGUGCGGGUGCAGUUUGGGGCCAGCAGCAGCAGAGCAGAUCAGCUUAUCAACAGGCUCCAGCACAACCAGUGGGUGCCCCCAGCCAGAUGGGAGGCUACCAGAUGUCUCAAGGCAACUAUGGUGGGAUGCAAGGCACACCAACACCUAAUGCGGCUCGCAUGAACCAACACUACCCUUCACAGAGCAUGGCACCCCCUCCUGCUCAGGACCCAUCUCACUACCUGGGAAAUGUUGGAAUGGGGGGGGCCCAGAUGAGACACACCCAGCCUCAGUCACAACCCCAGGGCUAUCCCAACAUGGGCCACACACCCCGAUACCCACACUCCCCCUCUCGACAGCCUCCACACCCCCACCAGCACCAACAGGGUAUGGGGGGGUUUGGGGGUGGCCAAUACCCUGGCUAUCAGGCCCAGUACGGAGCCAUGGGACCUGGGAUGGUCCCUAAUAGUAAUGCUAAUGUCAAUGCUAACACCAGCCAGGCCAUGGGACCAGGGCAGCUUGGCCAGAGGUUCAACCAGGGAUCAGGCCCAGCAGCUGGGCCACAGGGGCAGCGAUACCCCCCUGGACCACCCCAGCCACAUCAGACCCUCUCUGCCCCGAUGCAGCAGCAGGCAGGGCAGCAGGGCCAGCCUAUGCACCCCCAGAAUCUGCCCCAGGCCCAAAACCAGGCCCAGUCCCUCCUUGCCCCUCCAGCUCAGGGAUCUUACCCCUCCCCCUCUUCGAUGUCCCCCAUGCGGGUUUUGGGAACACCAACACCUCCUCCCCAACAAGUCAGACCCCCUAGCGCAGGACUAGCUGGACCCUCAGAGGUUGCAGGGUACCCAGCCCUGCACCCUCCACAUAAUGCUCUGGCCCAUCCACAGAGAACUCCCCAAAUUUCUUUGUCUGCCCCCCAACACCAGCAGCCCCACAACAUGCCCCCCAAUGCAGGACAGAUGUAUCCCGGCAUGGGGCCGCAGCGUGCUCCACAAAUGGGGCCAAAUAGGCCACAGCAAGGGCCUCAUGAAGCACCAGUCAGCCAGGGGGGAGAUCAGUGUCUGCUGCAGGCCUCUCGAAGUGGGCAGCCCACUCCUAUGGGUUUCCAGGUUCAGACUCUUGGUCAACAUGGAGUUCCUGUCCUAAACCAGGGCUUGGCACCACCAGCUCAGAACGCUCCAACGCAGCACACACACAUGCCCCCCCAACCCCACCACCUGCAGAACACACCCCCUGCUCCCAACCAGGCCUCCCACCCAUGGGCACCUCCGCCUUCCGCUUCCCACCCGCUAUCCUCACCCCCGCUCACCCCACAGAAAGUGCCUCACGUACAGCAUUCCCCCACCGACCCGUCAAGCGAUGCCUCAAUGAUGGUUGCUGACAGGCCGACAGUUGGUGCCGGUGCCCCUGGCCAGCCUAUCAGCAAAGAGCAGCCCAGCGACCAGGAGACCAAGCCAAAAAAGAAAAGGAAGAAGAAAGCAAAAGUAGUGGACGGUGAGAAAGAAGAGGGAGGGAAGAACGCAGCAAGAGAAGACAUAAAGUCUGAAUUUCCCGAAACAGGAAGUGAUGCAGGUGAACAGGCUACUAGCACAGGAAUUGUAGAGGGAAGUGCACCACUGGUGGAGGAGAAGAAAAAGCGGAAAAAGAAACCAAAGGAGAAGGCAGAGGGCAAGGAGCCCAAAGAGCCCAAGACCCCGAAGACGCCUAAAACACCCAAGACUCCCAAAGAGCCCAAGGAGCCCAAGGAGAAGAAACCCAAGAGCUCCACGCCCAAGACCAAGACCCCCAAGAAAACCAGCAGUAAGAAGGUUGAGUCUGAGGGUGGGGCAAGCGCUGCUAAGAAGGAUUCCAAGAGGAAGAGAGAGACGUCAGUCAACGAAGAUGUGGAAGUGAAGUCUCCGCCCCCCUCACCCCCUGAAGACGAUGACGACGACGGUGUACAGAAGCGUCGUUCUAGUCGUCAAGUGAAGAGGAAGAGGUACACUGAGGAUCUAGAGUUUCGGAUCUCGGAUGAGGAUAACAGCGGAGACGACUCACCGACACCUAAGUCUCCAUCGUCCUCAUCACACCAACAGGAUGUGGCCGAGGCUGAGGGGCCCGUUGUGGAGAAGAUCAUGGGCAAACGCAUCACAAAGAAAACGCUGGAGUCGGGGGAGGAAGUGGAGGUGGAGGAGUUCUAUGUCAAGUUCAAGGGCUUUUCGUACCUCCACUGUCGCUGGGCAGACUUGGAGGAGCUGGAGAAGGACAAGAGAAUACACCAAAAGAUCAAGAGGUAUAGGGCCAAGCAGCAACUCAACACCUUCAUAACCGAGAUGGACGAUGAGCCUUUUAACCCAGACUAUGUGGAGGUGGACCGUGUCCUGGACAUUUCAGAGAGCACAGAUGAAAACGGAGAGACGGUCACCUUAUAUUUGGUGAAAUGGUGCAGUCUGCCUUACGAAGAUUCCACCUGGGAGCUGAAGGCUGACAUCGACCAGUCCAAGAUAGAGGAAUAUGAGCACAUCGCAGCACGCACACCCAACACUAAGAGAGUGGAUCGGCCUCCUGCAGCCGACUGGAAAAAGCUGGAGAGCUCCAGGGAAUACAGGAACAACAACGCACUCAGGGAAUACCAGCUAGAAGGCCUCAACUGGCUAACCUUCAACUGGUUCAACUCACGUAACUGUAUCUUGGCUGAUGAGAUGGGUCUAGGAAAGACCAUCCAAUCCAUUACAUUCCUCUAUGAGACUUACCUGAAGGGUGUUGAGGGGCCAUUCCUGGUCAUCGCCCCACUCUCCACCAUUCCCAACUGGGAGAGAGAGUUCAGGACCUGGACCGAGCUCAACGCCGUGGUCUACCAUGGAAGCCAGGCCAGUCGCAAGACCAUCCAGGCCUAUGAAAUGUACUACAGAGACGCACAGGGUAAGAUAAUAAAGGGAGCGUACCGUUUCCACGCGGUGAUAACAACCUUUGAGAUGAUUCUGACGGACUGUCCGGAGCUCCGCAGCGUGCCAUGGCGUUGUGUGGUGAUAGACGAAGCCCACCGACUCAAAAACCGAAACUGCAAACUACUGGAAGGACUCAAAAUGAUGGACAUGGAGCACAAAGUUCUGUUGACAGGAACGCCUCUCCAGAACACAGUGGAGGAGCUCUUCAGCUUACUCAACUUCCUGGAGCCUGAGCGAUUCCUGUCUGAACAGACAUUUAUGACGGAAUUUGGAGACCUUAAGACUGAAGAACAGGUUCAGAAACUGCAGGGCAUUCUAAAGCCCAUGAUGUUGAGAAGACUGAAGGAGGAUGUGGAGAAGAACCUGGCCCCUAAGGAGGAGACCAUCAUUGAGGUGGAGCUGACCAACAUACAGAAGAAAUACUAUCGGGCCAUUCUGGAGAAGAAUUUCUCUUUCCUGUCCAAAGGAGGUGCAGGAGGAGGAGGUGGAGGAGGAAGUGGGAGUGGCGGCGGCGGCGGAGGUGUCCCCAACCUUCUCAACACCAUGAUGGAGCUGAGGAAAUGCUGCAACCACCCCUACCUCAUAAAUGGAGCGGAAGAGAAGAUCGCAGAGGACUUUAGGGACUCGCAUGGUGGCAGGGCAGACAUGCCGGACAUGGCGCUCCAGGCCAUGGUCCAGGCUGCUGGCAAGCUGGUGCUCAUUGACAAGCUGCUGCCCAAGCUGAAGGCCGGCGGACACAGAGUCCUGGUGUUUAGUCAGAUGGUCCGCUGUCUGGACAUCCUGGAGGACUACCUCAUCCAGAAACGAUAUCCCUAUGAACGUAUAGACGGCAGAGUUCGUGGAAACCUGCGGCAGGCAGCCAUCGACCGGUUUUCCAGACCUGACUCGGACCGUUUUGUCUUCCUACUGUGUACGAGAGCUGGGGGACUCGGCAUCAACUUGACUGCAGCAGAUACUUGCAUCAUCUUUGACUCUGACUGGAAUCCUCAGAAUGACCUGCAGGCCCAGGCCAGGUGUCAUCGUAUCGGCCAGUCCAAGGCAGUCAAGAUCUACCGUCUGAUCACAAGGAACAGCUAUGAGCGGGAGAUGUUUGACAAGGCCAGUCUAAAGCUGGGGCUCGACAAGGCCGUCCUCCAGAGCAUGAGUGGACGAGAGAACGCCAACAGCGGGGUCCAGCAGUUGUCCAAGAAGGAGAUCGAGGACCUGCUGAGAAAGGGAGCGUACGGAGCUCUAAUGGAUGAGGAAGAUGAAGGCUCAAAAUUCUGUGAGGAAGACAUUGACCAGAUCCUCCAGAGACGAACACACACCAUCACAAUAGAGUCUGAGGGAAAGGGCUCUACCUUUGCUAAGGCUAGCUUUGUUGCAGCUGGUAACCGGACAGACAUUUCUCUGGAGGAUCCAGACUUCUGGCAGAAAUGGGCCAAAAAGGCUGAGCUUGACCUGGAUGCCAUGAAUGGACGGAACACACUGGUGAUUGACACACCGAGGGUGAGGAAGCAAACCCGUCACUUCAGCAGCGUCAAAGAGGAUGAGAUGCUAGAGUUCUCUGAGCUGGAGAGCGAGGACGACGAACCGAGCAAACCCUCAUCCAAACCACGACGGCCCCAAGACAAAACUCAGGGCUACCCCCGAUCUGAGUGCUUCAGAGUGGAGAAGAACCUGCUGGUCUACGGUUGGGGUAGGUGGAGUGACAUCCUUGCUCAUGGUCGCUUUAAGCGCCCCCUGAAGGAGGCAGAUGUGGAAAAGAUCUGCAGAGCCCUUUUGGCCUACUGCCUGCUGCACUAUCGUGGAGAUGAGAAUAUCAAGAGCUUCAUCUGGGAUCUGAUCACCCCAAGUGAGGACGGGACUACCAAGACGCUGACCAACCACUCUGGUCUCUCUACUCCAGUCCCUCGGGGCAGGAAGGGCAAAAAGGGGAAGCCCACAGCCCCGCCUCCGCAGACUCCCCGAGCUGAUUGGCUUGCCAGCUGCAAUCCUGACCACUUAUUGCAAGAGGAUAGCUACAAGAGACACCUGAAACAUCACUGUAACAAGGUGUUGCUGAGGGUGAGGAUGCUGUAUUAUCUGCGACAGGAGGUCAUAGGCGACCAGGCGGAACGUACUCUGGAAGGAUCUGACGCCAGUGAGCUGGACAUCUGGAUUCCCCAGCCGUUCCAUGCUGAAGUCCCAGCUGACUGGUGGGACAGCGAGGCAGACAAAUCCCUGCUCAUCGGUGUCUUCAAACACGGCUAUGAGAAGUACAACUCAAUGCGAGCUGACCCCGCCCUGUGUUUCUUGGAGAGGGUCGGCAUGCCGGACGCCAAGGCUAUCGCUGCUGAGCAGAGGGGCUCCGACAUGAUGGCAGAUGGCGUUGAGGGUGAGGAUGAGGAUCCAGAGUACAAGCCACUGCGGAUGCCUUUUAAAGAUGAAAUGGACGACUUCACCAACUCACCACUGGAUGACACUGUGGAAGGUGAAGCCGAAGCUAAAUCAGGUGAAAACGGUCAAAGUGUUUUGGGCGGAGCUUCAGGCUCCAACGAGCGACUCUAUUGGCCAGCAGCCUCAGCUCUGACUGCCCGUCUGCGUCGCCUCAUCACGGCCUACCAGCGCUCCAACCGCAGGGAGCAGCUCCGCCAGGAGGCCCUCAACCGGCCUGAUGGUCGCAGACGACGACGCAGGGAGUUCCUGCCUGCCAUCGGGAUGGUUACCGAUACACAAGGAGCAACUUACAUCCAAGAUGGAGCGGGGGUCUUCUUGACAGAAGGCAGCCAGUAUCUGGCUAAAGGAAGUUCUUACUUUGCCAAAGGUGGGCAGUUCAUGCCAGAGGCGUCACCAGUGAUGACCGCCAGCUCCCUGAUGACUGAUGGAACCAUGUACUACAAGGAAAGGAGACAAAGAUGGACUCGUCGUGAGGAGGCUGAUUUCUACCGUGUAGUAUCCACCUUCGGAGUCGUCUUUGAUACCCACCGUCAGAAAUUUGAUUGGGCACAGUUCAGGGCAUUUGCUCGACUGGACAAGAAAACAGACGAGAGCUUGGAGAAAUAUUACUAUUCAUUUAUUGCCAUGUGUAAACGGGUCUGCAGAAUGCAGGUCAAGACUGAUACAGAACUCCCAGAUCCAACGCUGAUCAUUGACCCCAUCACAGAGGAGCGUGCCUCUCGCACCCUGUACCGCAUCGAGCUGCUACGUCGCAUCCGUGAGCAAGUUCUCCCCCACCCGCUGCUCUCUGAGCGCCUCAAGCUUUGCCAGCCCUCCCCAGACCUCCCAGAGUGGUGGGAGUGUGGCCGCCAUGACCGGGACCUCAUCCUGGGGGCUUCUAAGCAUGGUGUAAGCAGGACAGAUUAUCACAUCUUAAACGACCCUACCUUGGCCUUUUUGGACGCCCACCAGCGAUUUACAAGCCAGCGAGGGCCUGGUGUCAGCAUGGGAGUACAGGGAGAGGUCACCAAAGCGGGGAUGGGGGCAACAGAAAACAUCCCUGCACCCCUCUUCACCUCUGCAGAGCUGGCAAGCGCGGCGGCUUCCGCCCAAAUUGCCGUCGAUUCAGCUAAAGAGGAGGGAGAAGGGAAGGAGGUGAAGACGGAGGUGAAAAUGGAAAAAGGAGAUGCCAAUGACAUUCCAUGUACCAAGACUGAAACUCCUGAUGACGAGAAGGAACAUGAGGGAGAGGUCAGAGAAGGGAAAGAUGAAAUCGCUGCUUCACCGAGAAGGGAGGUGAAGAAAGAAGAAGAAGAAAAAGAAGAGGGGGCCCAGCCAAAAUUAGAGAAAGAGGAGCACGAAAAGCAGAAAGAGGAGCACGAAAAGCAGAAAGAAGAGCAGAUUGGAGAAGGAGACAAGACUUCCACGUCAGCAGAUGACCAAGACAAAGACUUAACAGAAGAGAAGAGUCUGACUCUUGUUGACUCUCUCAGGGACCAGAGGGAGAUGACCACUGAGCUCACAGAACAUCCCGACUCCUCUCCUAAAGCACAACUGGGCCACAAGACUUCAGAGCAGGGAGACAGAGAGGAGAGGGAGAACCCGGAGUCUCCUAAAUCUCCAAAGUCAGCUGACACAGAGAAGAGCCCAGAGGAGGAAGAGGAAGAGAGGAUGGAUGAAGAUGACAAAUCGGAGAAAUCAUCUCAGGCUGAAGCGAGUGCUGCGUCAGAGCAGAAGAACUUUGAUGAGGAAAGUAUCGCAUCUCUGAGCACAUCUGCUCAAAACGAAACCAGAGAUGGGUUCUGCCCCGAUGACCUGCCAGAAACCUCUGCACUGCAGGCCUUACAGGACCGCGCUUUUGCCUUCUCAUUCUGGCCUAAGGAUCGAGUGAUGAUCAACAGGAUGGAUAACAUCUGCGAGGCUGUCCUGAAGGGCAAGUGGCCUGUCAACAGACGCCACAUCUUUGACUUCCCCAGUAACCUGUUACCAGGCCAUGGCUCCACAGUAACCCCAGCAGCCGUAGCCACGGUGACCGAGAGCCCGCUGCAGAGGCGGAGCCUAGCCGAGCUGACAAUGGCCGGCAUUCAUACACCUUACAGUGGGAGUGAGGAUAAAACACUAUCGCCACAGGUUCAUGAGGAUGCUCUGAGCCUGACAGUGCCUCGGCAGAGGAGGAGGAGAAGGAGGAAGAUUGAGAUUGAGGCAGAGAGGGCCGCCAAGAGACGUAACCUAAUGGAGAUGGUGGCUCAGCUGAGAGAGAGCCACUCUGCUGCCGAGUCCCAGAGCCAAGCUAUAGACCUCACCAAGGGUAUGCACCAUCACCACAAGGCCUCUCCGUCAUUGGCUGGCUUCCCCAGUGCCCUGGUGACAAGCCCAUCCCUCAAAGCCCAAAUGGAGCUGCUUCAGCAAGCCCCACCCUCUGGACACAGAGCCAAUGGUGCACUGGAGGCUGACCUGCCCAUCAUGAGGAGGAGGCGAGGCCGCAGGAAAAAUGUGGAAGGCCUGGAGCUGUUGUUCAUGGGCAACAAGAGAACAGGAGCGGAUGAUGGUGAUGGGACAAAGGUUUCAGGUGUGGAGGUGGUUCAGGAUGCUGCCCGUGCCCACAGACCCCUCUCCGUGCCAGAGCAGAGCCCAAGUGCCAGAUCUCUUGCCUCUGGCAGUCUGGAGGAGGAAGAAGCAGCAGUUUCCAACAAAGAGCUAGGAGAGUGGCUGAGGCAGCACCCAACAUACACCAUGGACAUGACUGGAUUCACACCAAAGAGCGAGGAUUUAUUGCUGUCUCAGUUUUCUAAGCCCAAGCAGAAGCGCCAUCGCUGUCGAAACCCCAACAAGAUAGACAUCAACACCCUGACUGGUGACGAGAGAGUGCCUGUGGUUAACAGACGCAACGGACGCAAGAUGGGCGGGGCCAUGGCUCCACCAAUGAAGGAACUUCCCAGAUGGUUACUGGAGAACCCAGAGUAUUCUAUUGCCCCUGAUUGGACGGACAUUGUGAAGCAGUCGGGUUUCCUUCCAGAAGCCAUGUUUGACCGCCUUCUGACCGGCCCUGUAGUUAGAGAGGAGGGCGUCCGUCGACGGGGGCGACGACCUAAAUCGGAGAUUGCCAAGGCGGCUGCAGCUGCCCAGGCAGCAGCAGCAGCUCAGGCUGCCCAGGCAUCGCUGGCCUCUGCUGUUUCAUCUGCAGGAGGAAUCAACCCUCUGCUGUUGAACAGUCUGUUUGGAGGAAUGGACCUGUCAUCCCUCCAGAGCCUUCAGUCUCUUCAGUUGGCUGCUGGUCUGAUGGCCUUCCCUCACACCGCCGACCCCAAGCACGCUGCUGCCAACGCCGCCACCGCCUCCAUGAUGCCCCUUAUGUUGCCCGGUAUUGGAGGCCUGCCCAACAUGGCUGGCCUCCCGAACAUGUUUAGUCUAGGCGGGCUGUUUGGAGGUAACCUGGCAGCAGCUGCAGCUGCAGCCUCAAACUCCAUCACUGACCCUUCACAGAACACCAACGGAACAAUGGAGAGAGACGGAGGAGAGAGUGACGAGGCAGUGACGACGAAGAGGAAGAGAGAUAGACAGGAAAAAGAAGAGGGAGAAGACUAUGAAGAGAUGGGAGAUGAUGAAGAGGAGGCUGAUGGUAAUGAAGAAGUGAAGAAGAAGGCGAGGAAGAAGGAGAAAGGGGGCAAGGGAGGGGCUGAGAAAUCAGUUAAUGAUGUAACUGGAGCUCAGAUCCCAGCUGCUGAUUCGACAUCCAUCAACGGUGAUGCCGCAGCCCUGUUAGCUGCAGCCGGAAUGUCAGCAAAUUCCCUGGCGUUCAACCCCUUCCUCCUCUCCACCAUGGCCCCCGGCCUCCUCUACCCCUCAAUGUUCCUUCCUCCAGGCCUUGGAGGGCUCAGUCUGCCCGGCUUCCCCACCGCCUCCACCCUGGCCGAGCUGCAGAACGCCAUGGCUGGAGCGCUGGGGGGCAACAUUGUGACCACAAACCCCCCAAAAGACGAGGAGGAGGAGGAGGACGGUGACGAUGAUGAGGAGGAGGAGGAGGAGGAGAAGGGGGGGCUGAAAGCCACAGGAGAGGAGGAGUUGGAGGGAGGAGAAAGUGACUUGGCUGAGGAAAAGGAGAAUGGAGCGGAGGAGGAGACAAGAGGCAACGAUUCAGCCUUGGAGGAUGGAAGGAUGGGUGAGGAGGAGGAGGAAGAGGAGGCAGCGGCGUCUUCACAGAAGGACAAGAGUGACUGA